AAUGGCAUUUAGCCUGAAGCCAACAGCUACAGCACACACUGGGCUGCCAUCAGCACAGCGGGCAGAAGACGGAGCCGUCCUAAAAGAAACUUAAAUUUCGUUUUUUUGCCAAUACAAGGUCUGAGGGAGGAUAACUUACACUUAAACAUUUCCUUCUCUUUUCCCCACGGCGGUAUUGGCACAAAAAGCCCUUGGAAAAGGACAGGACUACAAAAGAACAAGUGACGUCGUAAUAAAAGGAGACUUGGCUGAAAUCCUUUAGACAACAAAGAAACGGCUUCUCGGAAAUAAAGGAGUAAUCCUCACUUAUUCUCUUUAGUUAUGAGUCAUGUGGUCGUCGACGGUUCACACGGUCUAGAGCAGCAGCUUGCUGUCUUAGACUUGAACUCAGCUGAUGGACAGGGUGUUGGCACUGGUCGGCGUUACAUUCCUCCUCAUUUGAGAAACAAAGACGUAUCACAAAAUGCAGGAAAUGCUUAUUCCUCUGGUAGACAGAGCGGUUAUUCAGUGGCACCAGUACAGAGCUUUUCUCCCAAACAGUAUCCUCAGAGUUGGCACCCUGAGGGAAACCAAAGAUACAGGCAUAACUGUCCAACUGGAUGGAAUGACUUUAGGACCGGUUCCCAGAGAUAUCCGUCCCAGGAGCUCUCAUUUUAUCACAACUACACUAGUGGCUGGCCGGACAGAUGUGCCUCUCCUGCGCGUACCGAGAGCAGUGUAGCCACCGACGGAAAUGAGGACGCAACCAGUGUUAUCAGCUGGGCUGAUCGCUGUGAUUCUCCAGGAUGGGACGUCGGUCGUAGCAAUGGUUUCGUCAAUGGGUAUCAUGAUGGUCGUAUGAAUGGGACUGCAAACUUUGGCCGUGGACCUCCUCGCAAUGACAGAGGAGGACGUGGUAGCUUUCGUGGAAGCAGGAACGGAGGUUCCUUCAACCAGCCAAUGCAUAAUGCAGGUUAUGGCACUUAUGAGAACAAAGAUGGAGGCUGGAACUCAGUGGUGAACAGAGAUGCCUACACUAGCUUUGGUGGGCGUUCUGACAGAGGGAAGUCUGCGUUCUUCAAUGACAGGGGAGCUGGCUCAAGAGGAAGAUAUGAGCGUGGAGGCUUUGGAGGAGGAACGGGAGGGAACAGUCGUUGGGUUGAAGAGUCCAGAGAUGAAGAGGACUGGUCAAAGCCAAUGCCCCCUAAUGAGCGUCUAGAAAAUGAGCUGUUCUCUGGCAGCAACACGGGGAUUAACUUUGAGAAGUAUGAUGACAUUCCUGUGGAGGCCACUGGAACAAACUCUCCUGGGCAUAUUGAGAGUUUCCAUGAUGUGGACAUGGGCGAGAUCAUUAUGGGCAACAUCAACUUAAGCCGCUAUACACGCCCUACUCCUGUUCAGAAGUAUGCAAUCCCCAUCAUCAAGGCCAAGAGGGACCUGAUGGCCUGUGCACAAACAGGCUCGGGGAAGACUGCAGCCUUCUUGCUUCCUGUUCUCAGUCAGAUCUACACUGAUGGACCUGGAGAGGCACUGCAGGCCACCAAAGCCAGUGCCCAGCAGGAGAAUGGAAAGUACGUCCGUCGUAAGCAGUUUCCCAUCUCUCUAGUCCUGGCUCCAACCAGAGAACUUGCUCUUCAGAUUUAUGAUGAGGCCAGAAAGUUCGCUUAUCGCUCCAGAGUGCGCCCGUGUGUAGUAUACGGAGGCGCAGAUAUAGGCCAGCAGAUCCGUGAUUUGGAAAGAGGCUGUCACCUGCUAGUGGCCACACCUGGUCGUCUGGUAGACAUGAUGGAGCGAGGCAAGAUUGGCCUGGACUACUGCAAAUAUCUGGUGUUGGAUGAGGCAGACAGAAUGCUUGAUAUGGGUUUCGAACCCCAGAUCAGACGUAUUGUGGAGCAGGACACCAUGCCUCCAAAAGGUGCUCGUCAGACCAUGAUGUUCAGUGCCACCUUCCCGAAAGAGAUCCAGAUUCUGGCCCGUGACUUUCUGGAGGAGUACAUCUUCCUGGCUGUGGGCCGCGUGGGCUCCACUUCAGAGAACAUCACCCAGAAGGUGGUUUGGGUGGAAGAGAAUGACAAGCGCUCCUUCCUCCUUGACCUGCUCAAUGCCACAGGCAAGGAUUCUCUCACACUGGUGUUUGUGGAGACUAAGAAGGGUGCAGACGCUCUUGAAGACUUCCUCUACCGCGAGGGCUAUGCCUGCACCAGUAUCCAUGGCGACCGCUCUCAGCGUGAUCGUGAGGAAGCGCUCCAGCAGUUCCGUUCUGGACGCUGCCCUAUCAUGGUUGCCACUGCUGUGGCUGCACGUGGCUUGGACAUCUCCAAUGUGAAACACGUGAUCAAUUUUGACUUGCCCAGUGACAUUGAGGAAUAUGUCCACCGCAUUGGUCGUACAGGCCGUGUGGGAAACCUUGGGCUGGCCACAUCCUUCUACAAUGAUAAGAACAGCAACAUCACUAAAGAUCUGCUGGACAUCCUGGUGGAGGCCAAACAGGAGGUGCCCUCCUGGCUUGAGAACCUAGCCUAUGAGCACCAGCACAAGAGCACCAACCGUGGACGACCCAAAAGGUUCUCUGGUGGCUUUGGGGCCAGGGAUUACCGCCAGAUGGCUGGGGGUGGGAACACUUUUGGCAACCGUGGCGCUCGCAAUGCUGGUGGCCAUGGAGGGAACAGAGGUUUUGGAGGCAAUAAGGGUGGCUUUGGGAGUUUCGGCGGUGACAGCUACGGGGGCAACUAUGGAAACUAUGGAGGAAACUAUGCCCAGGUGGACUGGUGGGGCAACUAAAAAAAUGUUUGCCAAGCUAGAGCUGAACGGAAACCACAUGUUAUCAUAGCCAGACUCUACCCUCGUGUAGCUUUAUGAACUCGGUACAUUACACGCUGUGAUUCUCUGCCCACAUUCUAAAGGGAGCUGAUCUGUGGCAAAACCGGAGCAGAAUAUCAAGGAUGCUCACUUGUGUAUUUGAUCUAUUACAGCACCUAGGUUUUUGACUUUUUUUCUUUGUUUAAAAAAAAAAAAGAGGAUCAUUUGUAUGUGAAUGUACUGUGCCUUUUUGAAUAUAGACAGGAAUUUAGUUUUGUUCAUUUCGAGUGAACUUGGCCAAGAGCUUAAUUUGUUUAGUUUUUUUGCUGUAAAGGCGUUUGAAAGCUUGUACUUUGGCAAAUACUCAAACCUUGGCAAAUACUGGGAUAAUGUGACUCGAUGAGUUGCUGUUCCAUUUGAACUUCAAAUUAUCACCGAUAUCAUGAAGCCAACAAUACAAGCCACAAAGCAAAGCACCAUCACAGGCACUUUGCAGACGUCUGAAACGCUCUGUGAAGCAACUGUGUCACAAGGGACAAAUCGGUCUGACUUAGUUUUGUUUUGCUCACUCUAUCCUGGAGAGACACCUAUUUAGGAAUAUGGUUGUCUUAAAAAGGCCAUUCCAGUUGUGAUAUUCAUGAUGAAAUAUUGCAAACACUCAGUGUUUGAAAAUUCAAAAUGCUGGAACUUCUUAAUCCACUUGUUUUAAUUGACUUGACAGUGUUAUGGCAGCUAGUAAGAACCACAUGCUAGCCACUGUAAGUGGGCAGCAUUUUUUGUUAACUUUUUUUUUUUUUUUUUUUUUUUUUUUUUUCCUUCGACGAAACAACAUUUUAGAGAAGCAGAUGUGAUUUUAUUGAAAAACUCUAAGGUUUUUUGGUAAAAUGUUUCUUUACAAAUGUCAGCAAAACAAAAAAUGCCUGCCAUCCUGAAAGUGAAGUUCAAAUGGCUACAAAUGGACCACAGAACCAAAGCGGCCGUGCCUUUGGAACAUGACCGCUUUGGUCAUAUACGCAUGCUAGUGUUUUGUUUUUUGGUCAAGAAGAGAAGACUAAUGAAUUGUUGCAGGCUUUCUUUUAAUACAAACGUCCUCUCUUUUCAAGCUGCGCAGCAGGCAUGGCUCCCUUUUCUGUAGGUAGAGGCAGCGUGAGAGUUCAUUUUGAGGCAUUGGCGGAUCCGAACCAGGAGUUUGUUUGCGUUGGGCCUGACGCGAGUGCAGUUAGACAGGCCACCAUUUUAGCUUGUGUCUGGUCCCGCUGUUCUUUGCGGGAGCUGGACACCAGGUAUACGAAUGCUGUCAGCUCCUAAAAUUCAUCUGGUUAGAUGUGAACUAAACCACUGGCUGAGGAGCCAGUUUUCUGCUUCUUUUCUUGGAAAGGAAGGAAGCGGUCGAGCGGAGGAGAAAUAAGGCAUUUAUCGCAAGUGCAAUAGAUAUUCUUCUCAAGUGAGUUGUGCCUUGACUUAUUUUUUUAUUAUUAUUUUUUUUUUUAACUGAUGAAUUCAAGCAGAUGCACUGACAGUAUUGAGAACUUCAAGUUGAAUGGUGCUACUUUAGUUAGGUCUAGGCCCGUGUACGUUGUGCCCAUCAAGUUUUACAAAGUUCUUUUAUUGCACAUUUCGAGUUUUAUACACGUGUCUUGAGUGCAUGUCCUCAAGCUUCCAAAUAUUGUGUCAGGAGACUGGAGAGACGCAGCUUGUUUACAAAAGGGGAAGGGUUCUCACUAUUUACCAGGAUUUAUUUGGGACCAGGGCGAUCAGCAGUGGGGAAUUUAGCUAUUUGCACACAGAUUUCUAGAUUCUACUUUUGCUGCUAGUUUUGUGUAAUUUAUUAAGCAUUUUUUGAGAAAUAUUUAUUUUUAUAAGCCUCAAAGUGAUUCUUUGAAAGUUUCAAGUAACUUGACCAAAAGACAAUACCUAAACACUGGCACUUGAAUGUUGAAUGUCACCUGUAUGCGUGAAAAAUUUCUAUAUUUCGGGGUAGCGUGAGCUUUUUAAUGUUUCAGACAUAAUGGACUCGGUCAGUUUCCACAGCUGUUAAAGGCCUAACGGCACAUUGUCGCUAUGGAAUUACCAAUUGGCUUUCAAAAUUGGAAACAGGGAAAAAACAUGCCAAGGUUUGGAAUCAAAAGUCAUUAAAAAAGUUUAAAAAAAAAGAAAGAAAAAAAGUAUCAGUGCAAAAAGUGUCCAGAUUCUCCAAAUGUGUGCUUUUUUUCUGUCCAACAGAUUGACAUUUGUUCUGUUGACGUUUUGUUUCUGUCAAUGUCUGGCACAUGGCAACUUUCAACACGUGGUUGAUCUCUAUUGUAUUUACAUAUACGGUGACUCUGGUAUUAGUCCACUCAGGAGAAGCUGCAAGUGUCCACGCUAGCAAUAAGUCUUAAUGUGUAUCGGAAACACUGAAAUCACACCCCUUGCCCUUCAUUCAGAUGGAAAUAGGAGAAUAGUUUGCUCCCUGAGAGGACACCAGAGCUCCUUAGAUUUAGUAUUUGCUUUAUGUCAUAGCUUCUAGGCUCUGCACUGCAUGAGACAACUCGGCUGUGCGUUUAUUGUAUGAUUUUACCAAAAUAAAAGUUUCUGAUGCAAAUUCCUUACAAAUCAAGCAUGGUUUCUUAGGUGUUUGAUGUAGCUGAAAUUUGGUCAAACAUUGUAACGGCUGUUCUUAAUUUGAACUCAGUGGAGUUAUUUGACAUUUAGUUGAUGCCAGUUUGUUUACAAAUAGAAAAUUUCCUUCUUUA